AUGGGGUCAAAGUUUCAUGCUUUUAUGUUCCCAGUGUAUGUUUUUGGUCAUUUCAUACCGUAUCUUCCUUUAGCCAACAAACUAGCAGAGAAAGGUCACAAGAUCACUUUCUUGCUUCCCAAGAAAGCUCAGAAACGGCUCGAACCUCUCAAUUUGUUCCCGGACAGCAUUGUAUUCGACACUCUUACUCUCCCUCCCGUGGAAGGUCUCCCUGUUGGCGCUGAGACAAUCUCGGAUCUCCCAAACUUGUCUGGGAAAAUCCUAUCCGAUUCCAUGGAUCUCUUACGUGAUCAGAUCGAAGCAAAGGUUCGUGCUUUAAAACCAGACCUAAUUUUCUUCGAUUUUGUUGAGUGGAUUCCGGAAGUAGCAAAAGCGUUUGGAAUCAAGAGUUCCAGUUACCAGAUCGUAUCUGCGGCUUGUUUAGCUAUGGCUCUUGCACCUGGUGCUGAACUAAAUUUUCCCCAACCGCCAGAUUAUCCUUCAUCCACAGUGGCGUUACGUGGACACGACGCUAACCUCUAUUAUUUCUCCAUUAAUGUCUACAAUGAGCUAUUUCUUCGGAUCACCAGAGCUCUCAAGUGA